UUGAAAAUGGUUUCCCUGCAGUACGCCGGAAGAGAGCUACGAGUUACGUUAAUGAACAACGACGCCAAACUUGCCUUCAGCAACCUUCACGAGACAAUCUAAAGGCACUGUGACGACACACCGCUGGUAAGGAACAAGAACAAAAACAUGAGUUCCACACCUUUAGAAAGGCUGAGCGUAGAGGAGAGAGAAGGCAUUAAGGUGUUCAUGUGCCGGGAGCCCGGGCGGGAGGGGGGUCCGAGGAGCGCCAUGACGGACUACAUCCGGGGCAAGAAGGCGUACACCAAGUGGGACACGGACACGGACAACGUGGACAUGGACCUGUCCCCCGACGGGCCCCACCCGCGGGUCCAGGUGCUGCCCCCGUCGGGCUGGUUCUCGGGCACCAAGGGAAAGGUGCUGCAGCUGCUGAUAGUGGGGUUCAUCUUCCUGGUGGGGCUCAUAUCGGGCUACUUGAUGCGGAGGGGGUCCCACCAGGGGGCACAGAGAGCCACCGGGGCGGCCGACGGCGGCUGCCCGAUGCCUGGGGGAGUCUACUCCUUCAAGGAGCGCUACGCCGAGCUCCUCCUCGGCAGCGUCGACAGGGAGAACCUCGACAGCUGGCUGAGGGUGAUGACGAGCGACUACCACUUGGCCGGCACACCCAAGGGCAAGAAGCUGGCCGUGCGCAUUGAACAGGCCUGGAAGCUCUACGGGGUGGAGAGCACCAGGAUCGAGACGUUCAAGCCCCUACUCUCUUUCCCCGACAGGGAGCAUCCCAACCAAGUGAAGAUCGUGAGGGGCACCGAGGUGCUCUUCAACAGCUCGGAAUCUGGUGCCGAGGCGGCCAUGGACGUGAAGCCCUUCUCGGCCUACGCUCCAGCCAGGACUGUCAAGGGAAAGCCGGUCUAUGUACACUACGGUACGGCGGCCGAUUUUGCUCUUCUCAAGAGCAAGAACGUGGAACUGAAUAGAACAAUUGCCAUCAUCAGGUACGGCAAGACGCAUCGUGGCAAUAAGAUCAGGCAGGCGGAGAAGAGCGGGGUGGCUGCAGCGGUGCUGUACCACGACCCCUUCGACGACCCCGGCGACCCCCCGGUCCUUGCCAACGGGGAGCGGCUGCCAGGGGACGCUGUGGAGAGGGGGAGCCUCAAGACCUACCCAGGGGAUCCAGGGACACCUUACCUCCCCGCUACGGAGGAUGUGUACACGCCCCCCGGGAGCGACAGUCGGUUGCUGGAUCUUCCGUCCAUUCCCGUGCAACCCAUCAGUUAUAACGACGCUCAGGAGUUGCUAAGCGGCAUGUCGGGCAGCAUGGCUCCGCUGGAGUGGCAGGGAAAGUUGAACAUCACCUACAACCUGGGACCUGGGUACAGCUCUGGAGAAGAUACUCAGGUGCAACUUUCGGUGCACAACAUCCUCCGGAGGGCCGACAUUCACAACGUGAUUGGAGUCAUCAUGGGCAACUUCGAGCCAGGGCGCUACGUCAUUGUGGGCUGCCACCACGACGCCUGGACGAAGGGCGGCGGCGAUCCGGGAACCGGAAUGGCCGCACUGAUGGAGCUGGUGCGGCUCUUUGGCCUCCUGAAGAAGAAAGGCUGGACGCCAGGUCGGACGCUCGUCUUUGCGAGCUGGGACGCCGAGGAAUUCGGCAUGGUCGGCUCCACGGAGUGGGUUCAGGCUCACGAAAAAGAACUGUUCCAUCGGACAGUCGCAUACAUCAAUUUGGAUCAGGCAGUUUCGGGCAACAACUCGCUGUACGUGAUGGCGAGCCCGCUGCUGCGCCAGGCCCUGAAGGAGGCCAGCCAGCUGGUGCCGUGCCAAGAGGGCUCACGCAGGGACAUGAGCGUGUACGACGUGUGGAAGAUGCGCAGGCCACAGGACCCCAACCACACCCACUCGCCACCCAUGAUUGCCCCUCUGGCGUCGGGCUCGGACUUUGUGUCGUUCCUGUCGGGCCUCGGCAUUGCAUCCGCUCAUCUCCAAUUUGUUAACAAGGAUCCGAUAUCGGAUUACCCCGCGUACCACACGGCGUACGACACGUACGAGGCGGUGGCCAACCGCACAGACCCGGGCCUGCACAGCCUGGCCACCGUGGUGAAGGUGGUGGGCAUGGUGCUCCUCAAGCUGCUGGACUCCCUGCAGCUGCCCAUGCACGCCAGCGACUACGCCGACCAGAUCCGGAGGGACUACGCCACCUUCGAGGGCAGCUAUGCCCCGGUGCUCGAGGACCACGCCAUCGACCUGGAGCCAGUAACCAAGGCACUUGUUCAGUUUGAGCAAGCUGCUUCCAGCUUUUAUGACAACUACGAAGGCAUGAACAAGAACAAUCUGCUGCUGGCCCUGCAGGAGUACAACGACCGGCUGGUGCAACUCGAGCGAGCUUUCCUGCUGCCCUCCGGCUACCCACACCACCCCCACUUCAGGCACGUGAUCUAUGGGCCGAGCAGUGACGGCAGCUACCAGGGUGUCCUGUUCCCGCACCUGACGGCAGCCAUCGAGGACGCCAAGCGAGACAAUCACUCGCCCGGCUGGAACCAAGUGCGCGAGUCUCUGUCCUACGUCGUGCACGCGCUCCGCUCGGCUGCCAACGUGCUCAACAGCACCGUCUUGACCAAGCACGACACGCACUGAGCCGCUCUCCUCCCCGCCGCACUCGGAAACGACAGAUGUAGAAGAGUGGGCCGGGAGCAAGCUUUGCCAGAAAGACGAAAGCCCUCGCGGCAUCUUUUGUUCAAAGCACCUCCUCGCUCGUUUCACCUUAUGUGCGAGCGAAUCUACAGGCGCUCUAACGUGUUGACCCGAAAAAUUCUUGGCAGGGUCGCUGAAAGGCCGGGGUAUCGCUCUUGUAGCUUCUGCCAGGGACUAUGAAAUGCAGUAUUUACCGCGGUUCCUCGGGAUGUGAGGUUUUCUGGCAUCACUUUCGUGUAAAGCUACCCUUAUCACGUUCGUUGCAUGCUCCAGCCAAGCUUCAUAAAGCUUGCAAAUGGCUUGGGAUGGGCAGAAAGUGUCCUAGAAGCUUCUGCAGCAACCUUCCGACGCGCGCGUCGGGACAAAAUCUACCAUCCCAGUCGGGGCAGGUUGUUAUCGCAAAAGACACGGUUUGGCUCCCAUUACCCCUUGAGGAAGAAAACAGCCAUUUCUCAAAUUCGCAAGUGGAUAACUUACCUGUCUUAGUCUUACAAAAGUAAACAAGCAGGACAUGGAAGUUUGGAUCAUACCUUUUGGCAAAGCCCUAGCGACUCAGUUGUCUCAACUUUGCUUUCGUGCUGGCAGCCUCUCAAACGUGCAACAUUAAAGGGACACUACAACGAAAUUCCGGCGCUUCUUUCUUGGUCUAUACGCAUUCGAGGGAGCAGUUUCACAUCGGACACACCAAUCUCUCGUUGAAAAAGACGCAAAAAGGAAUUUUAAAACGAAUUAAACGACUAGCAAAUGGCACCUGGUGGAUGUCCGUCUAGGAACAUUGACAGGUGGUGACGACCGAACUUGCCUGGACAUUGCUAGGGCAUCCUGUCGACGUCAACUUUGCUCGUCCCAAGGGGGGCUACGUCACAAUUGCGCCAGAUGUCACUUGCUCGCCGCUGGCUGCUCUCCGAGCGCUUGCUGGAGUGGGCCGUUUAUAACAAAAAAAACAGCUAUCAGGCUCAACAUGCAGACGUGUGAUUGUCAUUUACGGAUAUCGUGGAUCAUAUUCAGCAUAUUUCUGAGCACGACGGGUGCAUUUCAACUUUCGUUGAAGUAUCCCUUUAAGCUUGCAAGAGUUAAAUUUUAGGAUACCUAGAACGUUUAGUGCUCUCCUCAAAAUGUUAGUCUAUUUGAGGGAAUGUGCAUCCAUACAUAAUGCUAAGUUUGAAGUGCCUGUCGGGCAUUUUUUUAGUUUUGUUUUGGCAUGGCGACAGCACUGCCAGUUGUGAGGACGAAAGUUUAUGAAGCAUUCUGAAGAACUUUCGUGAACCGAGGAUUUGGCGGAUCACCCCGUCAUCAUUGUUGAUCUUGGCAAGGCUGGGGCAUUGGUGGUGCCAUAGGCCUUGCAAAGUAUGGGUCUAUGUAUUCAAUAUAUUUUUAUUCUGUCAUGUUAUGUAACAUUCCAAGCAAUUUUACUUGCGGUGGCAGUGUGCAGCUCACUGCCCUGUGAUUUAUUGACCAUAGAUGCAGGAAACAGCACUUGGAUAUUUCCAGUCUGUUUGGGUGCAAUACACUAACUUUCUUUAAGACAUGUUUUGUCAGCUGUGGCUUUUUACACUACAUCUGAGUGAAAAACCAUCUGGCGCAUUAUCUCAUUGUGUUCCACAUUUAUUUUAUUUUUUACCCCCCUUCAUUCGUGAAUUAACAGAUAUUUGCUCGUCAACUGUGUCAGUCGUAACCUGGAAUUUCGAGACUGUCGGCGGUGCAGUACCUUCUUAGUGUCGAUCAGCCAUUGCAGUCUCUCAGUGUGAAAAAGGAUCGUAUUUUGUUUUUAUUUUUUUCCUAGGACAAAUGCACAGUUUAGAUAUUUAGGCAACCUUCUUUUCUAGCUAGGUAAAGUGAUUGUGUUAGCCUGUCCGUGCUGACUGUUGAUUAUCUUAGGUCGCACGGAGCUUACCAGCAUGUGUACGACCCCUUCUCAAUGAGAUUGCAACUCUUUGCACCCUGCUGCUGUUGAGGGCGAUGGAGUGAACACUCGGCAAUACGAUGGCUCAAGCAAACGGACAACUGGAAAUGGCAUUCCUGCUCACAGCCUGGUUGUUGAACUUGUUGCAAACAUUAAUACUGCCCGCUUGGGUCGCAGUGCAGACUGUGCACAUGUUUUCAAUGUCCGUGCCACCUCACGAUACAAGUGUCUUGCACACUUUUUUUCCCCCUGUGUGUGCCCCUGAUUGUCAAUCGUUAAUGCACGCACAAAUGUCCUAAUAUGCACUCUAGGAAGGCGCCUCAAAAGUUCAUCCCAUGUUAUGUGGCACCAUUCCACCGCAGUCGGAUACUCAAAUGUUGUACGUUGAUGUUGGUUCAUAUUAUAAGCAGCAUAUUCCCGUCAAGGACCUCUACGGCCCAAGUACGUCUGCAUACGGCUUGGUAAAAGUGCCGAACCGAGUGAAGAUGUCGGCGUCUUUGCAUGUCCCGUUAAACGUACGAAGGCUUCGUCCUGUCUUUCAGGGUGUUGGUGCAAUGACUAUCAUGUUUGCUAAUUUUCCAGUGAUUUUCAUGUUAACACAACUUCAUUUCUUUUCUAGAGCUUUCCAAAAAGAGUUGUCUAUACAGCCUCUGCUUAUUCAUCAAGAUAAGCUACGGCUCUCAAUGAACUCAGAAUCUCACGAAUGUGCUGAAGCAUUCUGUUGGUUGUAUAGAAAAAUGUUGCUUUCCAGAAUAAGUGUUUAAA